GGAACGGGAAGAAGACGCGAUGUCGUCCCAAAAUGGCCGAAAUUGCGCACUGACAAAAUGUGAUAUAAUUGAAGAUAAAAAAAAUUAGCACAGGAUGAAAUCGAAGUUUGAUUAAUGUAUUUGAUUGACAAGUACAAGAGAAUCAAAUAGACGAGAUUAUACAUACAUGGUGGAGGCUGCGAAAUUAUGACAGCACGGAGGAAUGAACGUGUCAUAUUGCCGAUGUAGAAAAUGUAUUGGGCGAAGUAUGGUUUUACGAGGAGUUCGAGAGGACCGGACGGCCUGGAGGAAGGUAUUGUGGUGCAGUGUACAAUCUUUACAAGCUUAUAAAGCGACUGUAAACCGAUAUUGGGUGGAUUUCGAUAAAUCUCACAAAUACGCCCACUCAGGAGAUACAGACGCGCGAUGCCGGCCUCGAAUCAAUCUGUUGCGACCUGUCUUUUCGAAAGGAGUUCCGUGAGUUUGCUACAAAGUAUGAUUGGAUAAUAUUUAAUUUACCGUGAAGUUUCAAAACGCCACUGGCAUGGCUUUUACACUGAGAUGGUUUCUAUUAUUACACGUGAGUUUCUGCGCAGCAUGGAUGGACGAGAGACCUGUUCUGGAGUCUCAAGAUGGACAUCUCGUGAUCUCAAGCGCAAAGGACAGAAAUAUCACCCUGAAGAUAAUAGGGGGCGGUCACGUGAAUGUCAAUGAGAUCAAUCUGCUUCACGUAGCGUCAGCGGCGCAAAAUGCGACGCGGGUCAUUGACAGAUGGCGGAUGGGAUACUUGGCCGAGAUGGAGAGCUCUCUUCACCAGCUAAUGACUGUAGUGACAGGCCCUACAGGUUUACAGGGAAGAGUCACCCAGCUCGAGAGGAGCAUCGACGUGAACGGCACGAUUCGCGCAGGAAACAGAUCACGUAUAUAUCCGAAUGUAAAUCCGAAUUUGUUGCCGCUUAGAACUAGAAACACCAUUCGCCGUAUCAGCAUACGACUUAAAGUAUUAGAAGAUUCAUUGAGAGCUAUGCAAACGCUGCUUCGAGAAAAUGAGUGUCAGAGUGAUCCUUGUCAAAACGGCGGUACAUGCGAGGAUCUCUAUGACGGCUAUCAAUGUCAUUGCCCAUCAAAUUGGGAGGGCCCGAAUUGUAUGACGGACGUCAAUGAAUGCUUAAAACUUCUUGGCACAGAACUUGGAUGUCAAAAUGGAGUAUGCCGUAAUUUGCCUGGAUCUUAUCGGUGCGACUGCUUGGCGGGAUGGUUCGGUCUUCAUUGCACCCAGAAGACGUCGAUUUGCAAUACGGAGAAUUCCGAGGCGCUUUGCGGUGAACACGGUGUCUGCAUCGCCAAAAGUGGCUCUCAACUAGGCUACACAUGCAUAUGCGAUCAAGGAUGGGAGAGCGAUGGCACGAGCCCAGCUUGCACCAAAGAUGUAGAUGAAUGCGCGGCAUACCAUCCACCGUGCUCCGUAAAUCCACCAGUAUCUUGUCAAAAUACUCGUGGCUCAUUCACCUGCGGCGCCUGUCCGCACGGUUACAGUGGAAAUGGCUAUUAUUGCACUGACAUUGACGAGUGUCUGAUUAACAACGGCGGUUGCAGUAUCUCGCCUUACGUGCAAUGCAUAAAUACAAUGGGCUCUAGAGUAUGCGGCCCCUGUCCCUCGGGAUAUCGCGGCGACGGAGUUAGUUGCAUUUUCGUCGGUGGUUGCGCCAUCAACAACGGCGGAUGUCAUCCAUUAGCCACGUGUAGCGAAAAUCCGUCGCUCACAAGUUCUUACGUGCUAUGCCGUUGUCCGCUAGGUUACAUAGGUAAUGGAAUGGGACCAAACGGCUGUCAAUUAACUGAUGUAUCAGUUAAUACAGCGUGUUCCAGCAACCCUUGUGUUCAUGGCGCAUGUGUGCCAAACGGCGCAAAUGGCUUCACUUGCACAUGCAAUCCGGGAUAUUCAGGGAUUACGUGUAACAUAGCGGCCGAUCCAUGCUUGCCAAAUCCUUGCCGAAACAAUGGCAUUUGCGUCGUAUUAAACGGACAAGCAACUUGUCAGUGUACAUCUAGCUUUACGGGAAAUAGAUGCGAGACGCCACGGCAAUCGUGCGGCGGUGUAUCACGAAAUUUUAUGGGAACACUUCAGUACCCUAUGGGCGGUAGCACUUACCAGCACGGAUUGAGCUGCGCCUGGGUGUUAAUCACAGAACCUUCGAAAGUUCUCAACAUCACCUUCACGGCUUUCAAUCUCGAACAGUCCACGGAUUGCAAGUUUGACUUCCUACAGAUUCACGACGGCAAGAACGCUGGAAGCCAAAUGAUCAAUAGAUUUUGCGGUCCCGCAUUGCCUAAUGGAAACGGAAAUAUCAUCUCGUCUCAUAAUAGUCUCUACUUGUGGUUCCACUCGGACAGCACUAUAUCUCACGACGGAUUUACUUUCCAUUGGAAUAGCAUCGAUCCUGUUUGCGGAGCCGUUUUAGAGGAUAAUUACGGUACUAUCACGUCUCCGGGCUCGCCAGGCAGAUAUCCCCCCAAUAGGGAUUGCUACUGGAGGAUCUCCGUUACACCCUCGAAAAGGAUUCAGUUUCAUUUCGGUCAGCUGAUGCUCGAGGAAAAUUGCGAAGCCGACUACGUGGAGAUAAAAGGUAUGGAGGAAGAACGUUUAGGACUUUACUGCAAUCACACUCGUCCCCCGCCUCUGAUUACACCCAGUUCUGAAGCGACUGUUCAUUUUCAUUCUGAUGCUACUGGUCAAGACUCCGGCUUUCAGAUUCAUUAUUCGACGGUUGAAGGCACUCCCGGUUGCGGUGGGGUUUAUACAAGUGAAACUGGAAUGAUAAGUUCGCCCGGCCACUCGGGAUCGUCUUAUCAAUCGAAUGUGGAAUGUGAGUGGAAGAUACAACUGCCAGCAGGCGCACGAAUCAGAGCCACGUGGUUGCGAUUUAAUCUCGAACCAUCUUCCAGCUGUCAAUUUGACUUUGUCGAGAUUUACGAUGGACCUAACAGACUUUCGCAGCUACUCGGUAGAUACUGCGGAUCGGAUAUGCCGCCGGCGAUUAAGUCGAACUCAAACACUUUGGUCGUGGUCUUUAAAUCUGAUUGGUCUUACGAAAUGGAAGGUUUCACACUGUCUUAUGAGACUUUAUGCGGCGGCGAAUUCCACGAGGAAACGGGAAUUCUCACGUCACCCUUCUAUCCAAGCGUUUAUCACGGCUCGAAAACGUGUAUUUACGAGAUUAUACAACCGACAAAUAAAGGAAUCGUAUUGACCAUAGAAGAUUUGGACAUCGAAGGUAGAGAUCCGCCGAAUUGUUACUACGAUUACGUCGAGAUUUACGAUGGUGAUAACGAAAAUGCAACGAAGCUAGCUACGUUAUGCGGCGAGGAAGAUCACAUUCCAAACACUCCUUACUAUUCAACGCAUAAUUACAUGUACAUCAAAUUUACAACUGACAACAGUGUCGAGGGUCGAGGCUUCAAAGUUAAUUAUACGACCAUUGAUCGCAGAUGCGGCGGAUUGUUCAAAGAAUCAACUGGAGUGAUUCAGCCCCCUGUUGAAAAUGGACGUUAUGCCGAUAACGAACAAUGUAUUUGGACCAUUCAAGCACCGCCAGGAUACAUAAUACAACUCACUUGGUUGUCGUUUAAUUUGGAAUCUCAUACUAAUUGCAUUCAUGAUUACGUCAAGCUUUAUGAAAUUUACACUUCACCUGAUGAAAAUAUAAUAGCCACAUAUUGUGGUAGUAAUAAACCACCCGACCUCAUGACGCAGGAACGUACACUUACCAUAAUUUUCCGCACUGACUCGAGUAUUUCGCACGAUGGAUUUGCCGCCACAUAUGUUUUCGUGGACGUGAGCAAAGUCUGUGGCGGUCAUUAUUCGAAAUCAAAUGGUGUUAUUAGAUCGCCAAAUUAUCCUGAUAAUUAUCCGAGUGAGAAAGAUUGCACUUGGAUUAUUGAAGCGCAGAACAGGCACAGAAUUAUACUUACGGUCAAUCACUUUGAAUUGGAAAAACAUUUAAAUUGCGCAUUUGACUAUGUAGAAAUCAGAAAUGGUGGAUAUAAUUCUUCACCGUUGGUCGGCAAAUACUGCUCAGAAAUACCCAGUGAAAUACCAAGUCAAACCAAUCAAAUGUACAUUAGAUUCGUCUCGGACUUCUCGAGAUCGUUCCAAGGCUUUGAGAUACAAUGGGACAGUACUACGGAAGGAUGUGGUGGUAUGAUGACAACAGUCACCGGAGAUAUCAUGUCUCCAAAUUUUCCCCAACCUUAUUCAUCAAACGCGGAUUGUUACUGGAAGAUAGCCGUAGCAGCAGGUAGUUUAGUGCAAGUCGUAAUAGUCGAUCUCGAUCUCGAGAAUCACAUCAGAUGUCGAUUUGACUUCAUCGAAAUAUUUGAUGGUAUCAGUCACCGCACAAAUGGAAGACGUUACUGCGGUACCACGUAUCCCAAAAUUAUUCAAUCUACAUCUAAUCAAAUGACCAUUCGAUUUCGCAGCGACUACAGUUAUUCUACCCGCGGUUUCCAUCUGAAGUACGAAACACAAUGUCACAAUAAGCUACACGGCUACUACGGUGUGAUAGAAUCACCGAAUUUUCCUAAUAAAUACGAGCACUUGAUAAACUGUACUUGGACAAUUGAGGCUCCACUUGGCAACACGAUCAAUUUGACUUUCACACAUUUCGAUCUCGAAGGAGGCACAUUUUCGCAGGCUUGCUCAUUUGACUAUCUACUGAUUAUGGAAGGCGACGACGACACUCCCAAUACCGAGUUAGGUCGAUUCUGCGGGAAUGAGUUUCCAUCGAAAAUUAAUUCGACCCAGCAUCAAGUGUUCAUAACAUUUGUCACGGACUCCUUUAUCGCCUAUAAUGGCUUCCGACUCGAAUGGAUGGUGCACGGUUGCGGUGGACAAUUGAAUAAACCGUACGAUUCAUUCACAUCACCUGGGUAUCCAUCUGCUUAUCCGUCGAAUAUCGUCUGCGAAUGGCUGAUCGAAGUGGAUUACAUGCACAGCAUCGAACUCACUUUUCACGAAGUGAACACCGAAAAAAAUAAAGGCUGUAUCUUCGACAAGAUUCAGAUUUACAGUGGCGAAGACGCGGAUGCGCCAAAAUUGACCGAGCUUUGCUACUCGGAAAAGCCGGUAAUCUACACCAGUCCUGGGAACAGAAUGUUCGUAAAAUUCCAGGCGGAUGUAUCUUACGCUGGUCGAGGAUUUAACGCUAGUUACAGAAGCGUUCCUAUUCAUUGCGGCGGUAAAUUUACAACCGACUCGGGGAUUAUUCAUUCGGCCAAUUAUCCGCAGAACUAUCCGAGUGGUCAGAAUUGCGAGUGGCUGAUAGAAGUCGACAGAAAUCACCUUGUAAAUCUCACAUUCCUGGACUUUGAUAUGGAGAACAGUAGAAAUUGCACUGAUGAUUACGUUAAGAUCUUUGACGGGUCAACAAAGGAUGAUCCCUUGCUAGGAACGCAAUGUGGCAAUCAAUUACCACCGCCAUACAUUUCGACUAGUAAUCAAAUGUUAGUAACCAUGCGAACAGAUACGAUGAUUUCAGCCAAAGGUUUUAAAGCUCAAUAUGUUAGAGCCUGCGGUGCUCGCAUAAUUGUGAAGGAUCACGGUUUUAUUUCACCCUCGAAUGGACAUACUGACGUACACGAAAGCCUUAAUUGCACCUGGACGUUGAUAGCUGAAAAUCCAGAUGACCACGUAACUGUUACUUUCACGCAUAUGGAGAUCGAUCCGGUCGGAUUUGGCGACAUAGAAGGCUCCUUAGGUUCCUGUUUUUGGGACUACAUCCAGGUAUUCGAGGGUGAGAGCGUAGAUGGACCGGUUUUGGGGAAAUGGUGCAACAAUAUUACGCCGCCGUCGAUUACGAGCACCGGAAGUGCACUCACGCUGCAUUUAUUCGUGCGUUAUGAAUUUACAGGUCAUUUCGUCGCCAGUUAUUCCGCUCUGAAUACAGCAUGUGGCGGAACCUACACUUCCGUCCAAGGCAUAAUUACAUCGCCGGGUUAUCCAAACAGCUAUCCAUUGAACGCGGAAUGCGUUUGGAUAUUGAAUUUAUCCCCCGGCAACAAGAUCACUCUCUCGUUCUCCGAGUUUGACAUCGAAUCAAGUGAAAAUUGCGAUCUGGAUUACCUCGAGAUACGAGAGGACAGCGGAAUUGGAAAGCUCAUUAGCAUUUCCUGCGGCAAAGACAUCACGGCAAUUACGGCCUCCAACAAACUGUGGAUUAAGUUCAAGAGCGACGAUUCCGGCACCGCCAAAGGUUUCGUGGGCGAGUAUAAUUUUAUCGGAGGAAAUGAACUCGAGGGACCUACAGGACGUAUUACUUCACCUUUAUAUCCGAUGCCUUAUAGACGUGCAGCUACCUUCUCUUGGCGCAUCACCGUCGAAAUGAAUUCGAUCAUACGCAUUGAAUUUACAGAUUUACUGAGUGAAAAUAUCGGCGAAUUGUGUAUAUCUAACAUUAAAAUAUAUGAUGGAUAUGAUAACGAAGCACCAAUGCUAUUAGAAAUAUGCGGCUAUACUCUGCCAGAUGCAAUACAGUCAUCAAGCAACGUGGUUUACAUUACGAUGACAACUAAUUAUCUCAGACAGGGAAGUUGGUUUGAUCUCACAUGGCUUCAAAUACCAAGAGAAACUUCUGAAAAUAAUCAGGAGAUCAAAUUGUCAGAUGCAUGCAGUAAGGAAGUAGCUCUGAUAGGUGAGCGCAACAACACGUAUACCUUCAGCUCUCCCGGCUGGCCGUACGGCUAUGCUAGCAAUCUGCAUUGCAGUUGGAUCUUCACAUCGCCUCCCGGAACACAUUUGGUGCUGAGAAUACUAGCUAUGAACUUGGAAGAAACCAAUGAUUGCAUAGCGGAUUCGGUUUCCGUAUAUUCGGGAUACGCACUGACAUCGACACCGAGCAAUGCUGAUCUGUUAAGUAGAUUAUGUUUGGCAAAUUCCACUUGGGCACAAAUCAAAGGGACUAAUGUGAUGACAGUGAAAUUCGAUUCGGAUGGAUUUAUUAACAAAACCGGCUUCAGCGCAUAUGUGUAUCGAGAUUGCGGAGGUAACCUGACCGGUCCCAAUGGCGUGAUUGAAUAUGAUAAUUCCACUUCUACAAGAGCGAUUCGCACGUGGCGUUUCAAUUGCGAAUGGAUUGUGACAGUGAAAACCGGCAGAACAAUUAAAGUUCAGAUUACCGAUAUGUCAAUACAAGAAAUGCCUGAUCAUUCAUGCGGCAAUAAUUAUUUGUUGCUGAAAAAUGGAGAUGGAAUUCUUUCACCUCUGUUAGGCAAUGGAAAAUAUUGUGGUAGUGUAGUACCACCAGAAUUAGAAACCACUGGGAAUCGUCUUUAUGUUAAAGUUGCUGCCAUGGGUUAUCAAUAUCGUUUUAAACUCACUUACAGAGAAGUAAGUAUGAACUGUAGCGGUCAGUUUGUCUUCUCAAGCAAACAGAAAAGAUGGGAAAUAUCAUCCCCCAACUAUCCAAACAUCCCUCCAAACUAUGCCGAAUGUACUUGGACAGCUAUUGCUCCUGCUGGUGAAAGGCUUUCAAUCCAUUUCUUGGAGAGAUUUGAUUUAAGUUAUUCUGAAAACUGCAAGAGAGAAUAUAUUGAAAUAAGAGAUGGCGGAACUGAUGGUUCAAGGUUCAUGGGAAGAUAUUGCAAGGACGUUGCACCCAGCAGUAUGACUACUACUGGCAACAUGAUAUAUAUUUACUAUUACACGGAUUUACCAGAACCUAAAAAUGGCUUUAAAGCUGCAAUUAUCUCAGGAGAGAUCUGUGGUGGAAUUUUACGCAGUAGUAGUGGUGUUAUCUCAUCUCCGAAUUAUCCGAAUUUCUAUCCUACAAAUCAGACUUGUUCCUGGUUGAUAGUAGCACCGACGGAUCAUAUCAUAAAAUUAGAAUUCCGCGACCUACAGUUUCCUGGUUUUCAUCGGUGUGAUUCGACCGAUCACGUGAAAAUUGCAGAAAAACUUCCAGAAAAUGAUACAAUUUCAGACAUUGGAACUUUCUGCGGUCUUAUAAAACCGGAUGUAAUUGAGACGUCAACAAACGAAGCAUACGUUUAUUUCAAGAGCGAUAAUAGGGAGUACCUAGGUUACAGAGGGUUCAGUUUAAACUUUACUGUUAGUCGAGAAACAUGCGGUGGUUUAUUAACUGCAAUGAGUGGAGUAAUUAAGUCACCCGGAUAUCCUAAUCCACGUACACGACCCAGACAUUGUAAUUGGCGAAUUGAAUUACCGCUGGGUUAUCAAGUGGUGAUAAACAUUAUGGAUAUAGACAUUGUUGACGAUGUCCAGGUGCAUUAUGGGCUCUCGUUUUACAACGAUUUUGGUUUUAAUUCCAAGAUCAUAGGCUUGGGACAGAGUGCUACUAGUACAGAAGAGAUAAGGAGCUCUAGUAAUACUAUGAUUAUCAGUUAUUGGUCUUCCACCGGGCACCGAGGUUUCAAACUUCGAUAUACGGCUCAAGCGCCAGCCCCUUGUGGUGGACAUCUGAGACAACUUGAAGGCAAUAUAACGACUCCUACAAGUCUGCCGUUUAAUCAAACUUCAUUUGUCUGCUACUGGAAAUUGGAACCACCCGAAAACAUGAUCGGUUCUAUUUAUGACAACCGUAUGACAUUGUCAAUAAAAAUCAUGGGCUACUUGAGCAGAUCUGACAAUGUGUCUAUUAUUAGAAGAGACUGCAUCUAUCCUAUAUACGUUGAACUGGAGGAUUUUGGAAGGAAAUGCGGGAAUAUAACGACACCAAUAUAUUUAAGAAGCCCGAAAAUGAUCAACAGGUUGACGAUAAUGAACGCUACUCGUGGAGAAGUUAUGAAUUUUAAUAUGCAAUAUCAAUGGCAAGCUUGCGGUGGUGUUUUGGGUGGUCCAGUUCACACUAUCAAACCGCCGAAGAAUAUUUCUUAUCCGAUAAACUGUGUGUGGCAUCUGGAUUAUCCCGAUGGUGAAAUGAUCAAAUUAACUUUCACCAAACUUCAAUUGGAAAACAAUUGCGACCAGAACUAUCUCAUUGUCAAAAAUGGCAAAGCAUCUGCGCCGCAAAUGGCAAAGCAUUGCUUGCAUGCUGAGAGCCAGCUUGAGAAAUAUAAUAUAAACAGCAUAUCGAAUCACCUGUGGAUAGAAUAUUACGCCUCGCAUAAUCAAAGCGAUUUUGAGAUUCAUGCGGAGCCUUUUAACAGAGGAUGUGGCGGAUCAUUACGCGGUCGCAGUCGCGAAAUUACAUCGCCCGAAUUUCCCAAACAAUAUCCGAACAACGGUGAGUGUACCUGGGAAAUAAUUGGCGACAAUGGAUAUCAUAUAGGUCUAACUUUCAUCGAUCGUUUCAACCUGGAGACUAGUCCUAAUUGCGAGAAAGAUUAUGUGCAGCUAUUCGAUUGGAUCGUAACAGACGGAAAUAACGACAGUGGAGAAUGGAAGAGUCUCGGCAAGGUUUGCGGCAGAAAUACACCUGCGCCCUUUAAUUCGACGUCGAACCGGAUGAAGGUGAUCUUUCAUUCAAACGAGGCAGUACAAUCGGACGGUUUCCGCGCCGUCUGGGACGAGAAUUGCGGCGGUGUUUUCAAAGCGACCGAGAAGGUUAACAUCAUCCAAUCGCCGUUGUAUCCAAACCUGUAUCCGUCCAACGCGUUCUGCAAUUACACCAUCGUCGCCCCAGACGAGGACAUUAUCGUCGAGUUCACUGACUUUCAACUCGAGCGCGGUCACAGUGACUGCCGCUUCGACAAUGUCACGGUCAUAUCGAAAAUUCAAUACGUGAUAGGACAUGAGGAAAAUGUCGAGGUUUAUUGCGGUAACAAUAAACCGCCACUCUCGAAGACUGUCUCACCUGUACAGAUCAUCUUCAUCACAGAUAGAUAUGCGCAGCGAAGUGGUUUCCAAUUUAAAUAUUUCCUUAACAAAUGCGGUGGCAUAAUUACACACCCCACCGAACUCAAACCUUUGAUGCGUGGAGAGGAAUAUUUUGGACGUAUGAAUUGCACUUGGAUCAUUAAAGCGCCGGAAGGAAAGAGCGUGCUUGUACGAUUCGAGAAGUUCAUCCUCGAGUUCAGCUCAAGCUGUUACUUCGACAAUGUUGCCGUUUACGAGGGUGCUUUAAUUAAGGCUGAUAAACGGCUAGCUCUGGUUUGUGGAAACUUGACUGAGCAUUUACCAACAUUUAAAUCCGAAUCCAAUUCCAUGGUCGUCAAUUUUAAUGCCGAUAGCUCGAGGCACUUCGCAGGUUUUACGGCCAAAGUAUUGUUCACAACAAGUCCAGUUGAUGGUUGCGGACAAUAUAUCAAUAUGACCUCGAUUCAAUCCAAAUCGUUUAAAACUCAGCAGACGGCAACUUAUCAAUCAUUUGAAGAGUGUCAUUGGACUGUGGUUACUACGCCGGGAAAAAAUAUUAGAUUUACUAUUAAUAGUAUGGAUAUCAAGAAUUCGACUAGUAACUCCACUUCCAUCAAGCAAGAUGAUAGAUGCAACGGUGAUUACCUCGAGAUUCGAGAUGGUGCUGGAUUGUAUGCCAAACUUCUCGGUCAAUUUUGUGGAAAUGUACCGCCACCACUUCCUGUAAUAUCCACUUCAAACUCCCUGUGGAUUAGAUUUUAUACUGACGGAACUAAUGAAGGUGCAGGUGCAACAGCCACCUUAGAUGUUGUCAAUUCAUUGUGUGGCGCAACUAAUCGAAUAGUAAACAGCACAGUACAAAUACUCACUUCUCCAAAUUAUCCAGAUACGCAUACAGCUGGAAUACAAUGUCAGUGGAUCUUACGAUCUCCUGAUAGGUAUAGUGACAGACAACGAAUUCGAUUUAUAGAUUUUGAUAUGACAGACUCGAGCAAGUGCGAGAAUGAGUAUUUAGAAAUUGCUGAGCAGGGGAAAUAUAUAAACGAAGGCUUCGGAACAGACUUUAUUUUUAGUGGUGUAAAAAAACACCAGGUAACCGUUGAGAUGGGUAGCCUUAUACCUUCCUCUUCGUACAAAUAUUGCGGCAGCGCUUUGCCACACGAUUAUUAUGGUUACGGCGACAGCGUGCAAAUAACUUUUAAAUCGAUGUCGAAUAACCACAAAGGCUUUAAGUUCGAAUACAGUACAGCGAACUGCGAUCGGAAUUACACGAGUGAACAAGGACGUAUCUUUCAUCAGGGAUUUACUAACUGUUGGAUCACCAUCACAGCUCCAGCAAAUCAUACUAUUUCCUUGUACUUUAAUCAAUUUAGCGUUUACGAUAUAGAACAUUGCACGCAAAACGCAGUACAGAUUCAUGACGGAAACUCCAGCGGACCGCUCAUAACGACACUUUGCAGCACAACGACACCAAGUCCGAUUUUCAGCAGCGGCAACAAACUCACUCUGCACUCCUGGACCGAGGGUGCCAAUUCUUAUCAAAGCUACGACAUAAUUUACACGACCACGAGUGCAGGUCGUGGUUGCGGCGGUCGGAUAUUUAAUUACGGCGGCAGAUUCACCUCGCCCUUGUACCCCAAUGUAUAUCGCAACAACACCGUAUGCACUUGGGAUGUAAGCGUGCCACGAGGCUUCAAGAUCAUUCUUCAGUUCCUGGUCUUCGACAUCGGAACGAGGAAGAAUUGUGACAAUAACAAUGUCAAAGUUUACGAUGUCGUUCCUAGUGGUGAACUGUUACAAACCACUUAUUGCGGCGGAGAUGAUCCUGCGAGAUUGGAAAUUGAUACUGAUCGAAUUCUCGUGAAAUACACUUCGACAGUGAACAAUAUUGGAACGGGAUGGGUUAUUGCAUUUAUGGCACAAUCUACUGAUCAUCCCGUCGAUUUAAUGGAUAGUAACUGGUGAGAAAAGUAUCAAGAGAGACUGUAAAAAGUGAUGUUUAUAAAUUUAAAAUUUAAUAGCAGACUUUUCGAAUUUACGUAUAAUUAGAUAUAAAUAAGUAAAAUAAAUAAUGAUAUCGUGCGCGAUAUCAUUUGAGACGAUUAAAUUGAUAUAAUGCGAUAAAGUUAAUAUAUAGUAUAUGAGUAAUCUUUAUUGUUCGACAUUUUAAAAUCUUUUCUAGUAUAUCAAAAUGUUAUUCCUCCAAUCUUGUACAGUCUUCGUUUUGAGCUAGACAUUUUUCUUCGUUUUCUAUCUCGCUUUUUUCCACGGUGUCCUCUUCAUUUAAAUUUUCAACUUUAUUUACGCUUUCUUCUUCUUCAAUAGGACUUGCCGCUUGUUCCUCUUCAGUUUCCUCUUUCUCUUGCACUGUUUCCCGCUCUUUCUUAUUUUUCUUACUUAUCUUCGGUGUUUUUUGAGCCUCUCUUUUCUGCUUCUCCUUGGUCUUGCGCACAUUUUUUUCCAACUCGGAAUCUUCAGAUGGCAAAUCGGUUUCUAAUUCUUCCUUGGUUGUUUCGGACCCUAGUUUUUUAGAUUUUUCUUGCUUUUUUCUGUCAUUUUUUGUUUUCUUAUUUUUUUUAUCAAUAACGUCUUGAACAUUUUCAGAAUGUUCUGAUUUGGAGCGCUUUAUCCUCUUCUUAUUUUGAACCUCAGCAUUCGCAUCAUCUUUAACAUUUUCUAUUGCGUCGAUAUUUUUCGAUUUCUUAUUCUUUCCUUCCUUCCUUUUCUCUGACUUUUGGCGAAUCUCAGAAUUCUGAGAAGCCUCGAAUUGCUUCUUAGAUUCUUUAGAUUGAUCUUUGUUGCUAUUAUCUUUCUUAUUUCGUAUUUCCGUUUUCGUUUUAUCUUUCGCUUUAUUUUCGGAAUUUCUAUUUUCUCUCUCGCUUGUCACUUUAAUAUUUUCCUCACGUUUGUUUCGCUUGUUCUUCGAUUUCUGCUCAGAAUUCUUUGCCUCUGAAUAUUUUUCAGAAGGAGUUUCGACAUUUUGUUCCGACGAACUGCUCUUUCUUUUUUUCGUGCUCUUAUCGAACUGUUCUUUAUCGUGUUUGUCAUUUUUCUCGAUUGAUGCUUAUCUCUAAGAAAAGAGAAUCAUUCAUAAAUAACAUAGAACCAUAUUAAUAAUAUUGACAAAAAAUUGUAGUUUUAAAGAUAUUAAUUUAUAUUUUUAUUUGUUUAUUGAGAGAUCCAAAUAUAAUCUUUCUAAUUCUAAACUUUUUAGUCCAACUUAAUAUGGCAUAAAAUAAAGAUGCUAAAUGAAUGAUAAAAAUA